AUGGGGGCGCCGGAGCGCGACCUCUACCGGGACACGUGGGUCCGCUACCUGGGUUACGCCAACGAGGUGGGCGAAUCCUUCCGCCCGCUGGUGCCGGUGCAGGUGGUGUGGGCCAGCUACGGCGUGGCCACCGCCUACGUGACCGCCGACGCCAUCGACAAGGGCCGGAGAGCUGCCGCCGCCCACGCACAGGACCCCGCACAGGCCACGCGGGUGGGGGUGGCCGUGGUGGACACCUUCGUCUGGCAGAGCCUGGCCUCGGUGGCCAUCCCCGGCCUCACCAUCAACCGCCUCUGCGCCGCCUCGCUGGCCCUGCUGGGUGCCCUCACCCGCUGGCCCCUGCCCCUCCGCCGGUGGACCACCACCGCCCUGGGGCUGGCCGCCAUCCCCAUCAUCAUCACCCCCAUCGACAGGACCGUGGAUUUCCUGAUGGACUCCAGCCUCCGCAAGCUCUACGGGGCACCGGGAGAGCCCCCGGCCCCACACUGAGCCCCGCCCCCCCCGGUCUGGGGAAACUGAGGCACGCUGCUGAUUUUGGGGUGCUGUGACCCAGCUACUGUGAACCCUCGCUCUGGUGAUGGCCCUGGAGCGGCCACCCUGCCCCAUGGCUGGUCCUAAUAAACCAUUUCA